UAUGCUGUCUCUAUUUAUCUAUAGUGUAGUAAGUGGUCAAAUUUUUGACAGUUUGAAGAAACCGAAGAAUACAAAAUUGCAAACGUAAAAAUGCUAUAACGUGAUGAAAGAAAUUAAUUUAUUAGUUUUUAAGCAGAGUUAUAGUGAUAUGUACCAUCAUGUCACUGACUAAACUCUUGAAAGCGCCGAUAAAAUUAUUUAGGAAGGAAGUCAUAACGUUCCUUGUCAUACGUCGGUAUGACUUGAGCGUAUUUGAAGAUAGACUCCGAUACAUAGCUGUAAAGCCAUCCGCGUCCAUGUCAGUUCUAAGGCAAAAAGUAUGGCACAUACUCGACUUGCCAGACUAUUGUGAAGAAAUAAUCGUUCUUAAAUCAAAUUCUGACACUGUGGUACCAUUGGCUGAGCUGCGGCACGGCAAUGAUCCACAUCAUCCAUUCAUACUUGAAGUAUGGUUGCCCGGGAAGCGGAAACCAUCAUCAACGUUUAUACACAAUAAACUAUUAACUAUCGGCAAUGGGGAAGACCGGAUACCGAGUUGUAACACAGGUUCUUCUACUAACACGAUAUGCGACGGCAAUCUAGAAGCUGAGGGCGACAUCUAUGGAAACUGCUUUUCCCAAUCUACGUUAUCUAAUGAAACCCUGGCUAUGAACAAACUCCACGUGUCUCAACACCAAAAACCUGCAACCACAUUUAUAACUGACUUCAGAAAGUGGGAUAAUAAACUCAGCGGUAAGAAGAGUCGCGAGAAUUUCGCCGAUAUUCUGAUAAGAAUACAAAAUGAUUUGAACAUGUUAGGUAAUAAACUCGACAGUUUAUUAAUGAAAGUGGAGAAAACAUAUUCUUAGUUCGUGGAUGGAUAUUCGACAAAAUCUUUUGUCAAUCAACCUGUUAAGUCAAAAGAGAAAUGCGAGCAAAGCUACGAAUAUCGUACUUACUUUAAAUUAUUACGAGAGAAUGUUGUGUUGUAAAGACUUGGCUUAAUGAUGUCUUUCAAAUGGUUCUGCAGUCAUGGGUUGACUUAACAAUUAAAAAGUGCGUUUUCAA